AUGUCUAAACAUUUCGAUCAAUGGAAACACGAUGCAUUAUCACAUGAUAAAGAAGACUUAUCACGUAAACAUUCUAUAGAUGAUUAUAUUGUUAAUUUAAUUAAUCAAAUAAAUAAUCAUAAUGAUUAUUAUACAAGUUCCUCAUGCUCUGGUCGAACAAUUGUUUUUUCUUCAACGCCAAUUGUAACAUCAUCAACAAAAAGUGAUUGUCAAUGGUUAUAUGUUACACAUGAACAAGCUGAUUUAAAUGCUAUAUUGAAUUGUUUAGAACAACGACCAAAAGAUAUUGAUAUGAUUUCAAUUAAAUUUGAAGCAUUUAUUUUACAUGUUAUUUGUCGAACAUUAGAAUGUGCAAAAAUCUUACUCAAUAUUGCUCUUGAAUGUGGUUAUAGAAAUUCAGGUUUAGUCAUAUCAAAUCAAGGAAAAAUUACACUUGCUGUACGUUCAACUCAUGCACUUGAAGUACCAUUAGUGAUUGGAGGACGUUUAUGUGUUGAUGAAAAUUAUAUUUCCCAAAUUGUAUCAAUUGCAAAUGAGAAAAUGACUGCUAAUAUGACAAAAAUUGAUAAAUUUAGUUCAUGUGUUGAAAACAAAUUAAAAAUAACAUAA